UUGAGGAUUGCGUAGGACUUACAAAAAUUACGACUUGUCCCAUCUCUGUUAUAAUGGCAUGGUAGUUUUAGUAUUUUUUAUCUAAUUGGACCCUUUCCAACUGUUACUUUUACUUUGAAGGAGACAAGCAAAUUCCACUUUUGCGACUAAUCCUGAAUCCUAGCUUUACCUAGGUUCGCCAAGGCUAGCCAAUGACUGACGACACAACAACAUGGAUAUGCUAUCGCAUUUCGACUCAUCCAGCUAGCCUAGCAAGGUGUUUGCAAAAGGGAAAAUGUUGACCGUGAAAAUGUUGAAUAGUGGAACUAUUAAUUAAUUUGACGAAAAUAAUGGAUAUGUUCAGUAAACUGACAAAUCUCUUUCAACAAGCGUUGGAGACAAGGGAGCCAUCAGUAAAUUUAUUGGACUCUUUUGUGGAACACUGGAAAGGGAUUACCAAUUAUUACAUUGAAACUACUGAUGAAACAAGGCCGGUAAAGCAGACAGACAUCCCAUGGCGACUGAAGCAGAUGCUGGAUAUCUUAGUUUACGAGGAGGGCCAGCAAGGGCCAGAGGAGACAGGCCCCUGCAUGGAAUACCUCCUACAGCACAAACUACUCGAGACCCUUUGCACAUUAGGCAAAGCGCAGUACCCCCCAGGAAUGAAUCACCAAGUCCUGGUGUUCUUCUCUAAAAUCCUGGUCCAAAUCCAAAAGCCAAUGCUUCACAUAAUCAAUGUGUAUAGGCCAGUGCAGAAACUGGUUCGUCUGUGUGGCCUCCUGGGAUCACAGACUGAAAAGGAGGAGGUUCACUUCCUAUUCGUCAUUUGCACUCGAGUGAAACAAGAUCCCUAUGUUCUAAAUUACAUUUUAGAGAUUGAAAAGAAAAAGCUCUCCAAGCAGUCUAGUUCAACCUUGGAGGACACAGAGAAUGAGAGAGGCGAAGAGACAGUGCCUUCCAGCUACCCAGCUGCCCCUAGCUUUGCUUGCACCCCUACACAGCACUCACCGACCGGCUCUUCCUCUGUUAUUUUCCCAGCCAACACGGGCCUCAUCCACGUCUUAGUCCACUUGAGCAAAAGCCAGAAAUGCAGAGUUGCACGGAAAGCCUGUGAGAGCUUGCUGCUCCUGGCCAGUCUGCCAGAGGAAGAGGCAGCAGAGUGCUUGGCAGAAAGCACCCCGCUGUGUCAGCUGCUGGUCGAGAGGUUGUGCGAGCUCUACAGCCAGCUCCCAGCCAUGUUGGAUCCCACCGAAAUUCACAGUUUCCCCCAGAUUAAUUGGAGUGAUCCGUUCACCCAGGACGAAGAAAGCCAGUCAUUUCCUGGUAGCGAGCACAUGAAGAGAUUUUUCGCCUGGCUGGACUUUCUUGACCACCUGUUGAAAGAGGCUCCGAAGAUCCUAGCUACGAAGUUGGCCAAAGAAAUUCACAAUAACUGGCUUAUCGGUGUACUGCAGCCAGAACUACUCCAAUUGUCUGAGAUGGGCGUGCUGGUUAACACGGCUCUGCUUUGUUGCAUGGUACGCAACGUUCAAUCACCUGCUUUGGUGGAAGAGCUGGUGUUGUUCCUCCUCGGCAGGGACACGCAGAGCGAACUAUGUUUAGACACAGAGACUCAUGUGCUGCGAUACCACCUAAUAGAGCACUGCGACCACAUCUCUGACGAGAUCAGCAUCACUACUCUGCGCCUGUUUGAGGAGCUCCUAAAGAAGCCCUACAGGGACACUCUCUUUAACCUGGCCCUGAGGAACUUGGAGAAUCGUUGCUACGUGACCCACACUCCAGGUGGAGUAGAGGAUAACAGGCAUUUCACCGACCCCGAUCAUGAUGGGGAGAACGAUGAACUGGAGGAGGACCCUUUUUUUACUGAGGAUGAAUUCAACAGCUCUGAGGAGCAGCUUCUGUCACGGUCCCAGCUCACUCGGGAACCUCGCUGCAGUGGGCAAACUCAAGCAGUGGAGAUUGUUAACAGUUUUCUGUGUUUGGUUCCUCAAGAAGCAAAAACGUCUCAACACGUUCAAGGUGCUGGAUAUGACACAUACGUCCACGAUGCUAACAAGCAGUUUAAAGAGUGCACUGCAUUGACGCAAGCUUGGGACUGGUCAGAAGUGCUCAAACCAACUGAGUCGGCCAUUUCCAGUUCAGACUUUUUUGAAGGCCACUUCCUCAAAAUCCUAUUUGACAGAAUAGGCCGGAUUCUUGAGCAGCCCUACGAGCUGAACCUGCAGGUGACCUCUGUGUUGUCCAGACUGGCCCUGUUCCCUCACCCCCAACUGCAUGAGUACCUGCUGGAUCCCUACAUCAGUCUGGUCCCUGGAGCCCGGUCCCUGUUCUCUGUGCUCAUCAGGGUGAUUGGAGAACUGAUGCAAAGGAUCCAGCUGAUCCCAAACUUUACGGAGAAACUGGUGCAUGUUCGAAGACAGCUGAUGGGCCUGGAUGGGGAGACGGGAGUGGACCAUGUGACCCUUCUUCAGGGAGUGAUCGUUCUAGAGGAGUUCUGUAAGGAGCUGGCCGCCAUUGCCUUCGUAAAGCUUCCCAGCAUUGAUGACAGCUCAAACUGGCAGAACACAAACACUGCGUGAAUGGAGAAUGCUCUCUAUCAGAUGGAUGACAACAGCUGCUUAUGUGCAUUGGUUGCACAAGUAAAUGAGGCAAUAGUUGACAGAAGAUGCAAGGACUAUGAAAUUGUUCUCUAAAGAUAGAAGCAGUGGUAUUUGUGAGAAUAGAAAAUUUGAGAUUUCUUGCACAGUAUGUAAGUUUAAGUAUGUAACUGCUGAAAUGUUUUGCUUGUUCUUUGUUUUGGAGUUUUAAUCAAAUGUAAUAAUAUUUUAUUUAUCUUAAUCAAAUUGUGCCUCCUGGAAGUGGUUUAUGCAGUUGACCCAAAAAUCUAUGUCAAAGAUUGUUUCACCUCAUCUUUUUACAGUUGUUCAAGAUUUAUUGAUUCACAUUAAUUUGCUUAAGAAUCUGCAACUACACAAAGUUUUGAGGUGGCAUUCCUAGUUCUGAGAUAGGAUCAGACCCCAAUCAUCCUUAUCUUAUUCAUGAUUAAAUGGUAAACUGAUCCUAUAUGUCUGAGAUUAUAAAUACGGCUGUGAUUCUUAAGAGCCAGGAGAUAAAAGACUGGAUUAAAUACAACCUAAAAGUGCACCUUUCUUUCUACAGAACUAAUGUUAAGUUACAUUUUUAUUACAUUUGAGACAAUUUAUUUUUGGGUAGUGGCAAUGUUGGAUGUCUUAUGAGCCAAACCACCCAUUGGUCUAAAUACAUUAUUAUAAAAACUUUGUUUA